AUGGAGCAUCAUACGGGAUUGGUGGACACUCACCAGAAAGAAAACGUGAAACGCCAAGUCACCGAGGCAAUGAAGGAGGGCUUCAGCCCGCCAAAGAUGCCAUGGUCACUUCCUGACUCUGACAGUGCUGACACUGACACGGACAAUGUGCCUGAAGACGAUGUGCCCGAGGACGAUCGUGCGCAGACUGUCUCCACCGUUGAUGAAAAUGAGAAGGAUUGCUUCUGGACUGAAAGUGAUCCUACUCCCCCGGUUCCCAUCCCAGGAGCUGUUUAUCGGGACAGAAGCCUCGAGAAUAUGAAGAAAGCCAGUCUCGAAUACCUGAACGACAUCGUCGAGGAAUACAUCAUCGGCUUCGACCUCACUACCUUUCCCCAGGUAAUCGCAAAUUGGAUACCUACACUGAGAGCUACGGCUCUACCAGGCUCGUACGAACAUCUGCUGCUGCUCAUGUUUGACCAGGUUCUGGAAUUCAACAAGUUCCAGAGCACCCUGAGAGAGUUGGGUGUUGCAGGUUCUCUCGACCCCCGUCGAGAUGGUACCUUAACCAUAAAUCCACGGCGUGACCGCAGGGAGAUUGGUAGAGGUAGAGGCAAACGCAGAGGCAAGGCUGUCUUGUUCCCCAAGGGCCGAAUCGUCCAGAAUAUCCAAACCACCGACGAGGUGUACUUCUCGAGAGAACUGCACAUACUCAGAUUGAUGGUUACUCCUCUUCGGGAUGAGAAGGAGGAAAUCAUCUGGAUAACCAGCCGAGAGGAGCAGCCGGAUGACAUGAUCCAGCAGUUCGAUGCAGCCAAGUUGGUGAUCAAUGACUUCAAGAAGCGCCUGAUAAAGGCACUGCAUGAAGGCCCUGAGAACAAGGCCAUCAAUCUUCCUGCCGCCAAAGGCCUCGAGUCCCCUUCAUACCGCGAGAGACGUCUCCGAAACUCCAGUCUCCACCAAUUUCGCAUGGACGCUUGCAAAGCAAGCACUGAAUGGGCACGAUUCCCACCCAGCGAAACCGAACUGCGCAGACGGUACGGCCACUUCGGCACCUGGUAUGGUCCUCACAAGGAAGCAGUCAAGCCGCCAAUUAAGAACACCCUGCCUCCCGUACGGGUUUCCUCUAACCUGGGCUGUGAAUUCGACAACAUAGAUACCAUCCAUCCCAUCCUGCGUCGCGAGGGAAGGAUCCUCACCCUGCUCGUCCAAAUCACCCAAUGGCUCGCUCUAGCCCGCGGCUUCUCCGCUGUCCACUUGUUCUGCGACAUCACACGCCUGUUCAGCGUCCACGGCGUCGACCUUGGCAACAAGGCACAGGUGGAAAUCUGCAAGCAGCUGACCAAGUUCCAGCUGAUGUGCGAUGCCCUGGUCAGCCCGGUCCUUCUUCAUUUCCCAGUCAGUUCCAGUGUCACUAAGCAGUUCUCGCCCACGUUCAUUCAGGGCGUAAUUCAGGCAAAUAGAAAGAUGGAGGAUGCUCUUGUCGACCUCGAUACACUGUACCACAGUGUUAAGGAUAUCUCGAGUGAUUCGCCUCCCCAGCUGCUGGAAUGGGUAACUUGGAAGGGCCAAAAACUCCUGGCGCUCAAGAUGCCUCGUCUGUUUGUUUCGCAUACGAAGAUCCAAUUGCCUUUCGCCCCUGCUGAGAUCUUCUCGGAGGAGGAGCUGGCUGCCCAUCUGGAUGCGAUGGAUGUUUAG